AUGACUCUACUUCGUUCAACUUCGAGAGACGAGAGCAACGUCGAAGCUGAAGAUGUAAUUGCAUGUGUAAUCGAUAAUACGCCUAUUAAUAUUGAUGCCAAAACGAUUACACCAUUCAAAUGUGUGAUCAGCUCAGCAGGAACGUUACAACAAGAUAAUCAAACGGCUGUCAUUGCUAUAUAUGGUUGUUGGUUACCUGAUCAUCGUUUACGAGAAUAUCGAUACAUCAUGGAUCAAUUAUUUUAUUAUGUUUAUCAUACAUUAGAUAAGUUGGUCACUAAUGAUUACAUUUUGAUUUAUUUUCAUGGUGCCACACCGAAACAUCGUACGCCGGACUUGAAAUUUCUUCGCAAAUGCUAUCAGAUGAUCAACUUUCGACUUCGUAAAAACCUUCGUUCAGUUUACGUUGUACAUCCGACUCGAUGGCUUCGUACCGUCAUUGCUCUUUCAAGACCGUUUUUCAGUAACAAAUUCUAUCACAAAAUCAAUUAUAUCUAUACGAUUGCUGAACUCGAACGACAGUUUCCGAAUAAUCAACUUUCGAUUCCAGUUGCAAUAGAACAAGCAGAACAAAGUCAUUCUGAUCAAUAG